CAAGCCCGCUACACCAGAUUAGACUGCGUUUGCAGUGGAGUCUGCGAGCGAGCGGGCGAGUGUGUAAAAAAACACUGCCUGGCUCAUUCUCUGCUACCACAGGGGACGAGAGCCGCUGACCACAAAGCAUCAGGGGGGGAUUAAAAACCUGGGAUAAGCAGGAGAGAAGGAAUGCCAGCUCAAAUCUUCACUCGGGGAGCUGAUGCUUCUACAAGUUUACUCCGUGCUGCCCGCUCAGGGAAUCUGGACAAGGCUCUCGAACACAUCAAGAAUGGAGUGGACAUCAACUCAGCCAAUCAGAAUGGGCUCAACGGGCUGCACUUGGCUUCCAAGGAGGGGCACGUCAAGAUGGUGCAGGAGCUGCUGCACAACGGAAUCACACUGGAGACCACCACCAAGAAAGGGAACACUGCCCUCCACAUAGCAGCGCUGGCUGGGCAGGAGCAAGUGGUCACCGAACUGACCAACUACGGGGGCAACGUGAACGCACAGUCCCAGAAGGGAUUCACACCCCUCUACAUGGCUGCACAGGAGAAUCACCUGGAGGUGGUCAAGUUCCUACUGGAGAACGGAGCCAAUCAGAACAUAGCGACCGAGGACGGCUUCACCCCGCUGGCCGUGGCUCUGCAGCAGGGCCACGAGAACGUGGUGGCUCUGCUCAUUAACUACGGGACGAAGGGCAAGGUGCGGCUGCCAGCGCUCCACAUAGCCGCUCGCAACGAUGACACGCGCACCGCUGCAGUGCUGCUGCAGAACGACCCCAAUGCAGACGUGCUCUCCAAGACUGGCUUCACCCCCCUACACAUCGCAGCUCAUUAUGAGAAUCUGAAUGUGGCUCAGCUACUGCUCAACAGAGGGGCCAGCGUCAACUUCACCCCUAAGAACGGCAUCACCCCUCUGCACAUCGCGUCCCGGAGAGGGAAUGUGAUCAUGGUGAAGCUGCUGCUGGACAGAGGGGCGCAGAUCGACUCCCAAACCAAGGACGAGCUGACCCCUCUGCACUGCGCCGCGCGGAAUGGACAUGCGAGAAUCAUUGAGAUCCUGCUGGACCACGGGGCCCCCAUCCAGGCCAAGACCAAGAACGGCCUGUCUCCCAUCCACAUGGCUGCACAGGGAGACCACAUGGACUGUGUGCGUCUGCUCCUCCAGUACAACGCAGAGAUCGACGAUAUCACCCUGGAUCACCUGACCCCGCUGCACGUGGCAGCCCACUGCGGAAACCACCGCAUGGCUCGAGUGCUGCUGGACAAGGGGGCGAAGCCCAACGCCCGUGCACUGAACGGAUUCACUCCUCUGCACAUUGCCUGCAAGAAGAACCACAUGAGAGUGAUGGACCUGCUGCUGAAGCACUCAGCAUCGCUGGAGGCUGUCACCGAGUCAGGUCUGACCCCUCUGCAUGUGGCCUCCUUCAUGGGACACCUCAAUGUCAUGAAGCUCCUGCUGCAGCGCGGCGCCUCUCCCAGCGUCUCCAACGUGAAAGUGGAGACCCCUCUGCACAUGGCAGCGCGCGGGGGGCACGCGGAGGUGGCUCAGUUCUUACUCCAGAACAAGGCCCAGGUUGAUGCCAAGGCUAAGGAUGACCAGACCCCUCUGCACUGCGCCUCACGGAUGGGGCACAAGGAGCUGGUGAAGGUGCUGCUGGAGCACAAAGCCAACCCGAACUCGGCCACCAUGGCCGGGCACACGCCCCUGCACAUCGCUGCCCGCGAGGGCCACGUGGCCACCAUUCACAUCCUGCUGGACGGAGGGGCUCAGCAGGCACACAUGACCAAGAAAGGGUUCACACCUCUCCACGUGGCAGCAAAGUACAAUAAAUUGGAAGUGGCAGAACAGCUGCUGGAGCGAGGCGCCAACCCCAACGCAUCGGGCAAGAACGGACUGACCCCUCUCCAUGUUGCUGUGCAUCACAACCACCUGGACGUGGUGAAGCUCCUGCUUAGCAAGGGAGGCUCCCCACACAACAGCGCUCGGAACGGCUACACUCCGCUCCACAUCGCCUCCAAGCAGAACCAGCUGGAGGUGGCCGGCAGCCUGCUGCAGUUUGGAGCCUCAGCUAACUCGGAGUCCCUGCAGGGGGUGACCCCGCUGCACCUGGCAGCGCAGGAGGGGCGCCCCGACAUGGUGGCCCUGCUCAUCUCCAAGCAGGCCAACGUCAACCUGGGCAACAAGAGCGGGCUGAUUCCUCUUCACCUGGUGGCUCAGGAGGGUCACGUUCCCAUUGCAGACAUGCUGGUGAAGAAGGGGGCUUCGGUCUGCGCAGUGACACGGAUGGGCUACACCCCGCUCCACAUCGCCUGCCACUACGGGAACAUCAAGAUGGUGAGGUUCCUGCUGCAGCAGCAAGCCAACGUGAACGCCAAGACCAAGGUGGGCUACACCCCCUUGCACCAGGCGGCACAGCAGGGACACACAGACAUCGUGACGCUGCUUCUGAAACACGGGGCGUCCCCCAACGAGAUCACCUCGGUCGGCACCACAGCCCUGGGCAUCGCCAAGCGCCUCGGCUACAUCUCCGUCAGCGACGUGCUGAAGCUGGUAACCGAGGAGAAGACCCCCGUGAGCACCACUCUCGUAAGCAUUCGAAGGUCUCUGAGCUUCCCAGAGACAGUGGACGAGGUUCUGGAUGUUUCAGAGGAUGAAGGGAUUGCACAGCUAACUCUAGGAGAGGAGCUGCUGGGAGGAGAUGGAGCUAAAUACAUGCAGCUGGACGACCUCAAGGACCAGGAUGAUGACUUCCUGUCCCCCAAGAAGACUCUGGAGAGCGGGCUGGUCACAGCGCCAUAUUCCCCAGUCCUUCCCAGAAUCCCCUGCGUCUCUCCAGAAACGGUCAUUCUGAAAGAACAGGAUAUAGUUCAUAUGGAGCAGCAAAUCCCAAUGCACCCCCUGCCCAAGGAAUACGAUGAGGACUCGCUGAUCCCCAGCAGCCCAGCCACAGAGACCUCGGACAACGUGAGCCCCGUGGCCAGUCCCAUACACACUGGCUUCCUGGUCAGUUUCAUGGUGGACGCUCGUGGAGGGUCGAUGCGCGGCAGUCGGCACAACGGUCUGCGAGUGAUCAUCCCGCCCCGGACCUGUGCAGCCCCCACCCGCAUCACCUGCCGCCUCAUCAAACCGCAGAAACUCCCCACCCCGCCCUCCCUGGUGGAGGGGGAGGGGCUGGCCAGUCGCAUCAUAUCCCUGGGGCCGGCUGGAGCACACUUCCUGGGGCCUGUGAUUGUGGAGAUCCCUCACUUUGCCUCUCUGGGCCAGGGGGAUCGAGAGCUGGUGGUCCUGCGCAGUGAGAACGGCUCCACCUGGAAGGAGCAUCGCAACAAAUAUGGAGAGGACCUGCUGGAGACCAUCCUAAACGGCAUGGACGAGGACCUGGAGAGUCAGCUGGAGCUGGAUAAGAAGAGAGUCCGCAGGAUAAUUUCCACGGACUUCCCGCUGUACUUCGCUGUGGUGUCCCGCAUCCAGCAGGAGUGCGAUAUGAUUGGACCGGAGGGGGGCGUGCUCUGCAACAGGCUGAUCCCAUUGGUCCAGGCCACCUUCCCAGAGACAGCUGUGACCAAGAGAGUGCGGCUCGGCCUGCAGGCCCAGCCGGUCCCGGACGAGCUGGUGACGACCCUCCUGGGUAACCAGGCCACGUUCAGCCCGGUGGUGACGGUGGAGCCGCGCAGGAGGAAGUUCCACCGGCCCAUCGGCCUUCGCAUCCCGCUGCCCCCCUCCUGGAGAGAGAACCCGCGGGACGCAGGGGAGGGGGACACCACCAGCCUGCGCCUGCUCUGCAGCGUCAUCGGUGGCACUGCCCUGGCUCAAUGGGAGGAUAUCACAGGAACCACCAAGCUGAUGUACGCCAAGGACUGUGCCAGUUUCACCACCAACGUGUCGGCACGGUUCUGGCUGGCGGACUGUCCCCGCACGGCCGAGGCGGUGAGCUUCGCCAACCUGCUCUACAGGGAGCUGUCAGCCGUGCCCUACAUGGCCAAGUUUGUGGUGUUCGCCAAAAUGAAUGAGGCGCGCGAGGGUCGACUGCGCUGCUACUGCAUGACUGACGACAAGGUGGACAAGACUCUGGAGCAGCACGAGAACUUCAGUGAGGUGGCACGCAGCCGGGACAUAGAGGUGCUGGAGGGAAUGCCGCUCCACUUGGAGUGCACCGGGAAUCUGAUCCCGGUUCGGAAAGCCACUCAGCAGCUCCGCAGCUUCAGCUUCCAGGCGUUCCGGGAUAACCGGCUCCCCGUGUCCGUCAAGGUGCGGGACAGCAGCAAGGACCCCUCGGGAUUCCUCUCCUUCCUGCGCAAGCCCACCAAGUACGAGGACAGCCAGCACGUGCUCUGCAACCUCAAUAUCAGCAUGCCUCCCUGCAGCAAGGUGGCGGCAAGUGAGGACAGGAGACGCACUCUUACACCGCUGGCUCUGAGAGAGCGGUACAGCGCCCUGAGCGAGCCCACCAUGGCCUCAAAGACUGCGAUGGAGCGGACAGAGUUGAAAAUGGCUCUCAUAUCGGAGCAGCUGGGACUCAGCUGGGCAGAGCUGGCUCGGGAGCUGGAGUUCAGCGUGGAUGACAUCAACAGGAUCCGAGUGGAGAACCCCAACUCCCUGCUGGAGCAGAGCUCCGCCCUGCUGAAUCUGUGGGCAACACGCGAGGGCAAGAGAGCCAAGAUGGAGAGUUUAUACACCGCCCUGAAGAGCGUUGACCGCACAGACAUUGUUAACAUGCUGGAGGGCUCUGGACCGCAGCCUCGCGGGCUGAAAGACAGCCGCCGCUACACUGAGCGAGACUACCUGCUGUCCCCCUCCAUAAUGAACGGUUACUCCCUGGUUCAGGAGGAGCUCCUGUCCCCUGCCUCCAUGCAAUACAUCCUGCCGUCGCCGCUGAGCACUGACACCUACUGGCAGGAGGUGUCCAGCAUGGAGUGUGCCCCCAUCGCCACCACGGAGGAGGACACGCUGAUGGAGAUGUCCGAGGUCCAGGUGUGGCCCCGGGGGCACAGCCCCUCGCUGGUCCCUGUGGAGGACUCAUCCCUGGAGUGCAGCAACGCCGAGGACUCGGACGCAGGGCAGGCUGGAGCGGGAGGGGGCUCGCUGGACCUGGUGGAGGACGAGGCGGUGGAUGAUUCGGACGGGGCUUUCAAUGGGCUGGACCGGGGUCAGAGGUCAAAGGGUAGGAGGGCGGCGCAGGAGCAGGAGCCGCAGGCUGCAGCCGCAGCAGGACAGAGUACCAAGGACGGGCUUUCUCUCGUUUCAGGACAGCAGCGGGUCUACGUGCGGCUCAGCGACUCUCCCGGACUCAACAGGGUGGCCGAGAGGAACGGAGCGGAGAGGCCUCGGGAGUCCCCUGCUGGGGGCUCGUUCCUCUCUUACCUGCAGGAGCAGCCCCUGUCCUCGUGGCAGCCCCCCCCUGAGUUCUCACAGAGCUGGGUUCAGCAGCGGCAGCAGCGCGUGGCCGAGUCGAUGAUGUCACCGGUGCAUGCCGCAGACCCCAGCCAAUCACACGUCUCCCAGGAGUCCCUGCAGCAGCCAGUCCGGGACAUGGGCCACUCAGAGAUCCUGCGAGGUCACAUCCUGUCCACACAGCCCUCAGACAAGGGGCUGGGCGUCCAGCAGAGGAGCUGGUUCGGAGCAGGGCAGCUGAGAGGGAGAGGUGCAGAGAGAGGGAGAGACAGACAGACAGCGCCACUCUCUUCUCUGCCUGGGACUAUGUGGACUCUGCUUACUGAGCUCCUGAUCAGCCUGGUUCUGCUGGGCUUCUUUGUGCUCAGCUGUCAGAACGUGCUGCACAUUGUCACCGGCUCCAUCCGCUUCGUCCUCAAGCACAUCCACCAGGAGCUGGACCAGGAGCUGGGCGAGGGAGAGGAGGGCGGCGAUGACGAGGAGAACGUGACCACACGCGUCGUGCGCCGCAGGGUCGUGGUCAAGGGAGAUGAGGUCGAGGACAUUCCAGGAGGGCAGUUCAGCGAGGAGCAGUUCACAGACGAGCAUGGGAACAUCGUCACAAAGAAGACUGUGCGGAAGGUGGUGUGUCGGAUGCAGGGGGAGGGUCCGGGCGAGCACGAGGUCAGUGUGGAGCGCUCACUGCAGGAGCCGGCAGAGCUGGAGACGGAGGCAGAGCAGUUCAUGAACUACGCCAUCCUGAGGAGGGACAGCAGCAACAAGUCGGAGGUGAACGAGGGGAAGAAGGGCGCUCAGAUUGUGAAGCGUGUCAGUCUAAGACGGGUGAAGCAGUGAGGCGCACCCUGACCAGGAUCUCACGUCCACCCCCAAAGCAUCCAACACAGACGAGUGACCCGGGACAAGAAGCAGCAGCAAAACUAAAAAGAAACGGGGGUGG